UGCACAGACACAGAGAGAGAGAGAGAGAGAGAGAGGGAAGGAGAGCUGUUUUCCUAAACCCUGUUGGCUUUCCCAGUGUGCGUAUCCCAGUGUUGAUCAGUGAACUGUGCAGUGGACAGUGCCACGGUGCCUGUGUAUAGUUCUGGUUGUAUGGAACUCUGCUCCCUGCUGACCAUUGGAGAGUGAAGAGAGGCAGGAGUGGGAGGAGGAACAGAGUGCCGGAUGACCUGUCUGUGGGUUCGCCCGGCGAAGGCAAUUUUCCACGAUAGGUUUUGCAACCAUGCUGGAAAACACAGGUGGAGCAAGAGCGGAUGCUAAAGUGAAUAAUCAGUCAGAAACUACUAAAUGUGCAAUGGAAAGUGGUGACGGGAACACCGGAAUCCAAAUCAAUGGGUUUGACUUUCAGAGGCAGACGGUGCCAACCACAAGUGCAAUCACUAAUGCACAUGCACAAGCCCUCCUUCAACAGUCGAAGUCGGAAGACUCGAGUGCUCUUCCGACCUCCGUCCAGCAGAGCGUAUUGCCUCAAACCCAGCUCAUGUUGGCCGGAGGACAGAUUGCAGGAUUGACCCUGACCCCAGCGCAGCAGCAGAUGUUGAUCCAGCAGGCCCAAGCUCAACUCCUAGCUGCUGCCGUGCAGCAUUCAGCUAACCAGCAGAACAGCACCACUGGGGCCAGCAUCUCGGCGUCCGCAGCCACACCCAUUACCCAGCUGCCCCUGUCACAGCCCAUCCAGAUCGCUUCUCAGCUACAGCAGCAGAAUUUAAGUCUGCCUCAGUUUGUUCUGGUGCAGCCUGGCCACUCAAUCGCCACACAACUGCAGCCUGCUCAAUUCUUCAUCUCCCAGACACCGCAUGGCCAACAGGGCAUAUUGCAAGCCCAGAGUCUUCUAACUCAACUACCUCAAAGCCAAGCUAACCUCCUGCCGACUCAACCAUGCAUCACCCUUGCUACUCAGCCUGCCACUCCAACCCGCACAACAGCAGCCACACCUAUUCAGUCCCUGCCCCACAGUCAGACACCACCCAAGCGGUUGGAUACCCCCACUAUGGAGGAGCCUAGCGAUCUGGAGGAACUGGAACAAUUUGCCAAGACCUUCAAACAGAGGCGUAUUAAACUGGGCUUCACGCAGGGCGAUGUUGGCCUGGCCAUGGGGAAGCUGUAUGGAAACGACUUCAGCCAAACUACCAUCUCUCGCUUUGAGGCCUUGAAUCUGAGCUUUAAGAACAUGUGCAAACUCAAGCCAUUGCUGGAGAAGUGGCUCAACGAUGCAGUUUGUGCAGAGAACCUGACAUCUGACCAGGCCCUGUCCAGCCCCAGUGCCCUGUGCUCCCCAGGCAUGGGCAUAGAGGGGAUCAAUCGCAGACGGAAGAAGAGGACCAGUAUUGAGACCAACAUCCGAGUGGCCUUAGAAAAAAGCUUUCUGGAGCAGAACCAAAAACCUACCUCUGAAGAGAUCACCAUGAUCGCUGACCAGCUCAACAUGGAGAAGGAGGUGAUCCGGGUCUGGUUCUGCAAUCGCCGACAGAAAGAGAAGAGGAUUAACCCCCCCAGCAGCUGCAACAGUGGCGGAGGUGGCACCCCCAUCAAAACCCUCUUUACCCCUAGUAGCCCUUUGGUGGCCAGCACAGCAAGCCUUGUGAGCAGUUCAACUAUUAACACACCCACCACUCUGACUGUAAACCCAGUGAUGCCUCUCACCAGCACCAGCGUCUCAAGUUUGUCUUUCACAGGCACGACAGUUGGAGCCACAAACACUGCAUCCGUCAUAUCCACUGCACCUUUGAUGACUACAGCCAGCUCUCCAUCUUUGAGCCCGUCGCCAACGACUAUUCACUCUUCGACAGAAAGCAAGGCGCAAACCAUCGUCACCCAGGCACCGACAUCCAUCGCUACUAGUUUAGGGACGGGUCAGCUGAUGGUGACAGCGUCAGGGUUGUCCGCGGCGCUGCAGGGGGCCCAGUUACCUAGCGGCUUUGCUGCUAUGGCCGCUGCUGCUGCUGGGCUCAACCCAGGACUGAUGUCCUCCCAGUUUGCCUCAGGGGGGGCCCUGCUCAGUCUGGCCUCUGGUGGCCUAGGUAGUCCUGCCUUCAUGAGCAACAAUACCUUGGCUACUAUCCAAGGUGUAUAUCAAUCUCUGGCAUCGGGCGGAACGAUCCCCAUCACUUCUCUGGAUGGUGGCAACCUGCUGUUUGCCAACACGUCUGCUGGUAACACGCCCAACCUAGUGACCACGCCGCUCUUCCUGAACCCCCAGAACCUGUCGCUGCUCACCAGUAACCCCGUCAGCCUGGUGUCGGCCGGGGCGGGGGGGCUGCAGGUCACUGCUGAUGCCCAUCAUCAAGCAACCACGGCUGCUGUGCCUGUGCAAGCCUCGACCAUUACCACUGCCUCCAAGGCUCAGUGAAGCCAGUCAGGCUGCAUCCUGAAUUAACGCCCUAUUUCUUCUGUUGUGCACUACUCCUUUCACACAACGUGGGGAAUAGGGAGGUUGUUUGAUAUAGACUCUGAGCUUCACUAACCACCCCACAUUCUUUCUAUUGUAUCUAUUAUUAUUUAAUCCUUUUGCUGCCACCAAAAAGAAAACAACCUCAAAUGAGGUUGAGGUUGACUUUUUAUUUUUUUUUGUGUUUCCUGUUUUUUUCCUUAAUGAUUCUUGGAUGUUUAUUUCCCCACAAACAGUAGCCCGAUGGACACUGCUGUUGGCCUGCCGCUCCUCAUGAACCUUGAAAAGUGUCCAGGAAGAAAAAUUUCCUUGGCACCAUCAAUAUAUUCACAUUUUGUGUAUAUAUAUUAUGUAUAUAUACACAUAUAUAUCCUCCUAUUUCCAGGUCUGAAUUUUCUGAAAAACUGUUAAACUACUUCUAACCAAAAACUUUAAGAUUUUACUCUUAACAUUAAAACUAAACUGAUUUACUACUAAUUUCACAAUAUUCAAUAUCACUAAUGGGGAUUUGUGUGUCACCCCAUCUUUAAUUAUGUUUUUGUUUUUUUUGGACAGGCCUUGACGUAAUCAUAUCAAAGUUAAAUUUUAGAAACUUUUUUUCUUUACCUUUGCUGUCUAUUUUUGUUGUUGUGGACAUUUUCAGAACUUUGUAAGUCUAAUAUUAAGUUAAGAUUCAACUAUCAACUUUUAAUCGUGGUUAUAAGGCUUUAAAAACAAGUAAUAAGUAGUCGAUAUAAAGGUUAUCAUUGCUUUAAGGGUUAGAGGGACAAGAUGUGUCUCUCUGAGUCUCUCUUUUUGGAAACACCGAGUUUUACAUUUUGCUGCAGUGACAGACGAGCCCCCAAGCUUUUGUAAAAUGGCGUUCUCGGUGACGAUUAUAGACACUUAUAGAAAAUGACUGAAACAUUGCGUUGCGAGCUUUCUAAAGAGACAUGCAGUCCCAUGUCUUAUAAAGAAUGAUUUGUUUUGGAUGGUGGUCCAUUGGGAAAGUGUACAUUAUGCUUGGGUUCUGAGUUGGAAACUAGAAGUCUGCAUGUGUUGUCUACAGCUCAGACAGAUGCUGAGAUGCUGAGUAACUGCAAGAUCCACAAGGCUCUGUGGCUGACUGGUCUGUUUGGGGAGUACUAGUCAGGGGGCAUGGUCAUCAUACCAAAUAUAUGGCAGCAUUGGCUAGAUGGGGUUAUUGCGUUGUGUUUUUGUUUUUAUUUCUUUUAAUAGUAGUACCGUCGUAUCUACUUGUGCACAGUAUCUGUACCAAAAAACUGGAUUGAUGAGCUGCAGUCUGCCUGUUGUGGGAGGAAUGAAAUUCUGUCUUUUUUUGUGUGUCUGCAGUCAUUUGACAGGCUUACGUACUUUAAGAUAUACCAAAAAUAUUUGUUAAAAUAAUUGCUGUGUGUAGCUGGUGUAGCUUAGUCAAUAUAUUUAUGAGUACAGAAUCUCUUGUCAUGUCAACAGAAUAUAGAAAUGCAAUAUUUUGAUGAUCAUUUUCCAAAGAUGACCUUUUUUUUUAAUUUGACAAAAUGUCUCAUCGCUCAACUUUUGAAUUGGCAGCAUAACUGACAAAAAAAGAUGAAUUGGUGGGUUGGGGCAUGAGAGAGAAAGUUUCUUUUAACUCUUUUAAAAAUUGUUUUUUUUUAUUGCCGGGGCCUUUCCCCUAACACCUGAUCCAUGUGAUCUUUCGGCCAUUUGAUGGCUUUUGUUUAUCUGUUUUGGCCAUUUUGGUAGCAGUUUUGGACUUUUCUGAAGCAACAUGGAAAGGUUCUGUUUUUGGUUUUGUACUAAUAAUCAGCCAUAAAACAGCUUGAACCAAAGUGGUUUUCCUCAGUAGUUGCUGUGCCUGUUCGAGCACUCAAGUUGCCGUUCCGGCAAUCUUUACUCUCCACAGUGCUGACAAAUUACGUUCCUCUUCUCCCACCUCAGUCAAUACCGGAUGCUCCUGAUUUGGUGCUGCUUGAUAAGGAUCACAGGAACCUAGCUUUAACAACUUGCUGCUGAAACUCUUGAUGGUGUUGAGCUGUUGAGAGGCCUGCAUGCUUUCCUAUAGCUUUAUGACUACACUCUGUGAAAGUCAGGUUUUGUGCUUUCAACCCUCCCGUCUGAAGGGCUCACUUAUGUAAAUGCAUAGAUCGGAUCAUCAGAUAACAUACACCUCCUAUCAGCGCCGCCAUUUUGAACCAUCAUGCUAUGGAAUAGUAUGUUGCUUCCCAAAUCUGUCUGUGGAUCAGUUUGAAAACCUGCCAAAUUAUCUUACUCAACACAGUGUUGGACUAAGUACUGUUAUGUGCUACACAGUCCACUAUACCCCACGUCAAAAGUAGAAUUGUUUUGCUGCUUAAAAACAACAAAUUAAAACACCACAGUGACUAUUAUAUCACUGAGGCUGUAAGCAGUGAAAUCUGUCCAUGUUAUCCUCUUGUGUACUUCUUUUCUGUUGAAUUAUUUUGACUGAAUAUACCUCAGCAGCACUUAAACAUAAGGUUCACCUUUAGGCGUUUCUGUGUACAGAACAGUGUAGAAUGUAUAAGAACUGUCUGGCUUGCCAUUCAAAUUUUAUACUGAUGAACCAUACAUAAAAGGACAACCUACUACUGCUAUUUUCUAGUACUACUAUUUAUGGGGUAUUUCCAGGUUUAAAUAUUAUUUUGAGAUCCUUCUUGCCAAAGUAAAAACCUUUCUCUUUGCAGCUAGGCAGGUGUCUGGCUGCUCACGUCUGCUGGUUUCCCCGUCUUGAAGGUCCCAACGGGCCUAUCGGACUCAGUCCUGUUCCAGUGCUAUUUGUAGUUUUUAAAGAGUUGAACGUGUGCUAGCAAGAUGAACCACUUGCCAUUGGCACCAUAGGAUGUUACUGAAAUAUUUAUCUGAGGAAAGACUUAAGAAUUAGAGAAACAAUCUUUUUCUUAAUUCUAUACAUAUAAAUAUAUAUAUAUAUAUAAACACGUGUAAGAUAUUCAUAUUUUAUAUUUGAACCAGUAUGUUAUCAAGACUGAAUGUAGUGUUUAUCAUGCUAAAAAAUCUCCCCUAAAUCUUUUUUUAUUCCAAAAAAGCAAAUUUUCUUUGAGACCUGACAAGACCAAAAAAAUAAGAGAAGUCUGAGACCACACCUCGGUGGUGCGUAAGUCGCUGACACCCGUGCGUCUGUUGUGUAUCUGCGAGAUCUUUUUGACGGGAAGUUUUUAUUUAGGCGCUCCUGACUCUGAAGCAUCUGAUCUUAAUCUUUGAAUACAUUGUUAUUGUUUGUUUUGGUUGAGUCAUUGUGGACUUGAUUUGAUGUGCUGUUUUUAACAAUCAUUUGAUUUUUUUUUUUUUUUUUUUUAAUACUUUAUGCCUUUAAUUGUUUUGUAUAGUGUGAGAGGGCAAGAUCACUGGCUUUCUUAGUUUGACAAAGAAGAUUAACAUUAUCAUUUAUGCCUUAUUGUUACGUAGAAGACAUGAGCAUUGUAGCAUUGUUGAUGUGUGUGUGUGUGUGAGAGAGAGAGAGAGAGAGAGAGAGCUUGAGCGUUGAGCUCACCUGGUGCAUUGUUUUCACUGAAACAAAAACGGUGUACUUUGGGCAUUUUGGAGUGUGGGAUGAUUAAGUUGCUACCUGUUUAGGUGCAACUCAGACAGGUUGAGGAUACCUGUGAGAAAAGCUUUACUAAUAAUUCCAGCAGGUGGAUGUGUGUGUGUGUGUGCGUGUGAAUGUGAGUGUCUUAUAAAGAGAGAAUAGGGAGGGCAGUCUGCAAACCAUUAUGGUGCAUUUUUUCCAUCUUCCGGCAGGUGUUUGAGAGUGAGUUCUAAAAGAAAUGGUGAGACAUGAGUGUACUUAUUUUUGUUUUUGUCCAGAAGGGGGCCUCUGCUGAUUAGCUGAAGUCUUAAAGCAAGUCGGGUUUAAGAUUUAUAAAAUAAAAACUACCGUUUUAUUGUUAUAGUUUGACUAUUUCCUCUCUACUAAUGAUCUAAUUUACUGUUAGCUGACAGUCUUUUUGCGACCGGCUUUGCUUUAAUGCUUUAGUUAUAUUACGUGAUCCCUAGAUUUCAAGAUGCUCUUGUGGAUCAGCCAUGCAUCGAGUUGUAGUUUGUUGAUCCACCACACUGGUUUGCGGUUGUUAGCGGUGACAAAGGAAGUAUAGAGCACCAGUUAAGGCAAAAGCUGUUGUAUACCUCAUUUCUAACUCAAAACUGAGUGAAACCUGCUUUAAUGUACUUACAAAAUAAUAAAAAAAUAAAAAACCUUUAAAAAAUAUCACAAAAAAGAUGAAAAUACACAAACUUGUCAGUGGAGAAGCCCGUUCAUACCUGUACUUAGUGAAGGGUUGUAGUUAAAGCCACCACGGGGGGGGCAGAAUACAUACCGGUUCUCAUGAAUGUCUGCUGUUUUUUUUCUUUAACAAUUUGGUGUUUUUAUGCUGCACACUGAUGUAUUUUUCAGCAUUGGAUAGAAAGGAUUUGUUGUAACUUGAGACUUUAUUGAGAGUUUAUUUUAGUGUACUGUAUUCCAUUACCGUCUGUUAUACGAAUAGACUACCCCUCCAUGUUUGAUCACUUUUAAGUUUGACAAUCCUGUUUUUUUUUUAAGUUUUAUUUUUACACUGACCGAGCACAGGUAUGUACAUGUCUUACCACAUGACGGUGUGCUGUUGCAGCCCGCUCUCGCUUUCCUGUGGUACCAACAUUAACCAAAGACUUCUAACUUGAUUGUAUAUGAACGACACCCCUCUCUCGGCCCAUCCCUGCCUCACUGCUCAGCAUCAAAUCCCAGCUGCACGCCCUCACCCAAGUCCUCAAUUCAUCCGUUUGUUUUUUUAUUGCAUGUGAAUGUAUCCCGCCCUGGAAACACUCCGGCUUCCUGUCAGUGCGGCGGUUACAGUGCCUGUGGGUGGGGAUCAGAGGUGGGAGGGGGGCUGAACAGGGGCUGAGCGGGUUUCUCCAACAGACACAAACCAAUCUGGUGGUAGCUGGGUGAUGUUUGUUAAUACACACUGAGGGUUAAUCCUGUGCACACUGUACAUGCUCAGGACUCUGUAUGUUUUGUCUGUCUUGAGCGCUGUUGCUAGGAUGUUUCCCCUCCACUCUUUCUCUCUCCCUCUCUCUCAAGGACUGUGGUGAAAAUGCCGAUCCUGCCUCUCAAAGUGUCUCUGUAUCUUCCUCGUCACCUGUACACUGUAGUCCCAGGACAUUUACCCUGUUGUCUCCAGGAAUACACAUCCUGCGGUUGCUAAAACUCACUGCUGUGUCCCUCCUCCUCUUCCUCCCUUUUCCCCUGCUCUGCUUUCUCCUUUGACAUCGUCUCUUCACUACAGACUCUGAUCAGCUGUGACACUAUGCAUCAUGGUCCUUCACUCUGCAUGGACUGUGUCCCUCUGGCUCAGACCUCUGGCCGAUGGGCUUCAGUGACACUUUGUUCAAUGCUUUACUCCAUGUGAGGUUGUAGGACCUCACAAGCUCUAUCCCAAAGCAAAUAUCCAAAUAUUUAACUUUUGACAAAUGCAGAUACCAAAGAUAUCGCUCUGUCCUGUGUCUUUCUCUGUUUCUCUCCCUUCCACCCUGCAGCAUGUGUAUUAAGAGACAAACCCAGCACUGGCUUUAUUCCUAGCCUCAGUAAUUCCAAAGCUUAAAUGUAUAUUUUGGUAUAUUUCUGAGAAAAACUUUGCGUCUGUUUCUCGUUCGUUUGUUGUAAUCCUUUUUCUGUCACAGCAUGGAACUAAUUGCAGAACUGUCUUACUCUUAGUAGGUUAAAGAUAUAGUAUUUUUGUAUGUUUUUGGGUGUGUUGUGUGUGAUUAUCAGUUCACAGCCCAAGUGACCAUGGCUUUCAAGGAGAGGAAAACGAGAAAAAAAGAAGAAAAAAAACGCCAACCAUGUACAUAUUACUUCAGUGUAUCUCAAAACCGCAUUCUGUAAGACAUUUACUACUCAUGUUGGGAAGCUUGGGCUCCUUUAAAGGAAUGUGUCCCUGGUGUAUUUCCCUUUUUCUUAUUUUGCAGCCUGAUCCUUAUUGUCCUUCCAGGACUCUAAUGUAAAAAGUCCUGGUUUCCAUCAUGGACAAAAACACUGAGGGACACUGCUACAAUCUGACUACAAGGACAAAAACCAAAAAAAAACUGCCUCCAGUCAUGGCGGCGUAGAACUGAAAGGUUGUGUAGGAGUUUUAAGUAUGUGAAUCAGGAUACAUAGUAGAUUUUGAUGCAUUUGUCUGCUGUAUUUUUGUUUGUUUUGUUUUUAUACACAUAUAAAGAUAAUCUUUUACUGUAAAUGUACAGUUCUCUUUUGUUGUAAACAUCAUUAAACCAUUUUCAAGUGUUUUGA